CCAAACCAAUUCCGUCAGCUGAACCGAGCAUAACAUUACAGCCAGAUGAAGAGGAGGUCACAGACAGAAUAGUGUUUGCCACAGAUGCAGUUGAACCUGAGCGAAUUACUCCCACGCCUUUCCCAGAGGAACAGCCUUCGCCUGUACGAACUACGAGGCGCACCCGUAGACCCAGGACAACACAAUCUUCUACAACGGAAACACUGUCGACACAUUCUCCUGUAAUAAGCAAACUGCCUUUUACCAGACGGGCUCCUACAACAACAUGGGCUCCCGUCACAACCACAACGACACGGGCUCCAGCAACAACGACGCUAACUCCUACAACCACAACACGGGCUCCUACAACCACAACUACUAGAGCUCCAACCACCACAACGACCAGAGCACCAACCACCACAACAACCAGAGCUCCAACCACCACAACGACCAUACGCACCACUAUAAAAGAGCGAUAUGUCGAACCUACGUAUCCCCCGACUGAGGCAACUACCAAGCCGCCGCCUACAACAACAACACCAACGCCGCCGCCUACAACAACAACAACAACAACAACGACGACAACAUUAACAACGGAAGCAUCCACAACUACCAGCACCUCUCCACCGACAACAUCAACUGCCCGAGAAACAUCAACACAGAGAACAAGAAGAUACAGGAGAACUACUGUCUUGUUCCGUAGAUCAUCGACAUCCGCAAAAGUGUGGACAACCAAGGCCAGGCGGACAACGAUAGGAACAACGGAGCGCCAAACAACGAUUCCCACAACAUCAACAACCGCCCAGCGGUUUUUGACUGGGGAAGAUGAGUAUGGUCCCACUCUUCCAACACCAACUGGAAUAUUGGACAUUAUAACCCUGCCAACAUUAGAGAGCUCACUUCCAACCGUCCCGGAAACAUCUGAUGGCCCUGAAUGGAGGACAUAUUCCGGGGAACCAGACGAAGAAAGCAAAGUAUCGAGGCCUAUCAGGACCGAGUGGCCUUAUAGAAGUAGAACGCUUUCUCCAGUUGAACCUCGUACCAGAACUCCUGAAACCGUGACAGGAGAUGAUACUGAUGAUGUUUCGUCCGGAGAUAUAGAUGGGGAUGUUAUGCCAGAAGAAGUCGAUCGCCUAUCUACGCCAAGUCGUCCUGACUUCGAAAGAGUAGCCUUGACGAGUAUUCCACGGCCAGAAUUUGAUAAAGAGAUUGACAUAGCCUUUGUUCUGGAUUCUUCCUCCAGCGUGUCCAGGGUUGACUUUAGAAAAGCACUAAGAUUUGUUGAAGACUUCAUUGAGCCUUUGGAUAUCAACGAUGGCAAAGUUCGUCUUGGAAUUGUUCGAUUUAGCGACAAAACUGUAUCUCCAAUUCAUAUGAACUCUUAUCAGAGCAAGCGGGAUUUGCUAAACAAGAUUAGGCGUAUCCGGUACGAUCCUGGUGAGUCGAACAUGGCUGGUGGGUUCAGAGCACUUACAAAAGACAUGUUCACAAUCAGAAAUGGUGACCGAAGAGGUGUGCCCGACGCUGCCGUGUUAAUUACUGGCGGGCGUUCAACUGUUAACCCUACCUGGUUGGCAAAGUCGGCUCAAGCUGCUCGAAGAAGGGGCAUUUCUUUGUAUGGUGUUGCUGUUGGUAUGGCCGAUACGUUAGAAGUGGACAGCAUCGUCAACUCUCCCAUCGAACAACACCGUUAUUCAGUAAAGGAUUUCGAUUCGUUCGACUACAUUCUAGACGACUUACGUCUGGCUGUCUUCAGUGAAACCAUCACUCCAAGUCAUGCCCCAACCAAGCCACCAAGGGGAGUGCCGCCGUCUACACCUAAGAGUGUAAUUUUUACACCUACACAGCCACACCAGAGAAAACCCAAACCAGAUAAGAUUACACCAAGACAGCCCCAAGAAAAGAUUACACCCAGAGAGCCUGAAGACAGAGCUACAAGCAAACAACCUAAGGACAGGGUUACUCCAAAACAGACUGAACGCAGGGUUACACCCAGACAGCCUGAAGAUAGGGUUACAACAAGGCAACCUAAGGACAAGGCUACACCAAGACAACCUGAUGACAGGGUUACACCAAGACAACCUAAGGACAGGGUUACACCAAGAACAACUGAGGACAGGGUUACACCAAAACAAACUACAAUCACCCUUACACCAAGGCAACCUAAAGACAGGCCUACACCAAGACAACCUGAAGACAGGGUUACACCAAGACAACAUGAAGACAGGGUUACACCAAGACAACCUGAGGACAAGCUUACAACAAAGCAACCUGACGACAAACUUACACCAAGACAACCUGAUGACAGGAUUACCCCAGCGCAACAUGAGGACAGGGUUACACCAAGACAGACUGAAGACACAGUAACACCAAGGCAACCUGAGGACACAGUUUCACCAAGGCAACUUAAAGACAGAGUUACACCAAGGCAACCUGAAGACAGAGUUCCACCAAGAGAACCUGAAGACAAAGUUACGCUAAGGCAACCUAAAGACAGAGUUACCCCUAGGCAACCUGAGGACAAGUUUACAUCAAGGCAACCUAAAGACAGGGUUACACCAAGGCAACCUGAAGACAGAGUUACACCACGGCAACCUGAGGAUAGAGUUACACCACGGCAAACUGAAGACAGGUUUACACCAAGAGAACCUGAAGACUGGGUAACACCAAGGCAACCUGAGGACAGGGUUACACCAAGACAACCUGAUGUCAGGGUUACACCAAGACAACCUGAAGACAGAGUUACGCCAAGGCAAUCUGAAGACAGGGUUACAGAAAGACAACCCGUAGACAGAGUUGCCCCAAGGCAACCUGAAGAUAGGUUUAAACCAAGAAAGCCUGAGGACAGAGUUACACUAAGACAACCUGAAGACAAAGUUACACUAAGGCAACCUAAAGACAGAAUUACACCAAGGCAACCUGUAGACAGGUUUACACCAAGGCAACCCAAAGACAAGUUUACACCAACGCAACCUGAAGACAGGGUUACACUAAGACAGCCUGAGGACAGGGUUACACCAAGGCAACCUGUAGACAGGUUUACACUAACGCAAACUGAUGAUAGGGUUACAGAAAGGCAACCUGAAGAAAGGGUUACACCAAGGCAACCUGAAGACAGAGGUAAACCAAAACAACCUGAAGACACAGUUACACCAAGUCAACCUGAAGACAAAGUGACACUAAGGCAACCUGAAGACAGGGUUACCACAAAGAAACCUGACGGCACAAUUACACCAAGGCAACCUAAAGACAGGCUUACACUAACCCAACUAGAAGACAGGGUUACACAAAGGAAACCUGAAGACAGGGUUACACCCAUGCAACCUGAAGACAGGUUUACACCAAGGCAACCUAAAGAUAGGGUUACUACAAGAGAACCCGAAGAUUGGGUUACAACAAGACAACCUGAAGACAGGCUUCCUCCAAAGCAACCUGAAGACAAGGUUACACCAAGAGAACCUGAAUACAGGGUUACACCAAGGCAACCUGAAGACAGAAUUACACCAAGACAACCUGAAGACAGAGAUACACCAAGGCAUCCUGAAGACAGAAUUACACCAAGGCAACCUGAGGACAGAAUUACACCAAGACAACCUAUUGACAGAGAUACACCAAGGCGUUCUGAAGACAGGGUUACACCAAGAGAACCUGAAGGCAGGGUUACGCCAAAAGAACUUGAAGAGAGGGUUACACCAAGGCAACCUGAAGACAGGGUUACUCCAAGUGACAUUGAAGACAAGCCACCAAUGUUGCUCUCUGCUGAGCGUGAUUUAAUAUUUAUGUUGGACUCAUCCAGCUAUGUUUCCGAGUUAGAAUUCCGCAAGCAGAUUGAUUUUGUGACAGAUUUUCUAAGAAACGCAGACAUUAACGGUGGCAAAGUGAGGGUCGGCGUGCUGAGGUUUAAUAACAAGGUAACAAUGCCCGUCCAGCUUAACACAUACGUGUCAAAGGUUGAUCUACUCAAUGCCAUUGAGAAUAUCAAAUAUGAACCAGGAGAUUCAAAUAUUGCAGGAGGCUUGAGGGCGGUCAAGCGAAAUAUGUUUACCAGACCAAAUGGAGAUCGUCCAGAUGUUGCCAACUCUGCCAUUCUUGUUAGUGCUGGACAGUCCAAACUCUUACAGAAAUGGGUUAGACCGGCUUCCAAAUCUGCUAAGCGAUCAGGAAUUUCCAUUUACGGUGUUGGUGUUGGCCUUGGCGGAAUCAAAGAGUUGAACUCAGUCGUGAGCAGCCCUGUAAACAGAUACAGAUUCGUGGCACCUAGUUUCAACAAACUUGAUGUAAUCAAAGAUGAUCUGUCAUUUGCAGUGUUUGGGGAAGUAAUAACAACAACUGAAAGAUCAACCGCUACAACAUCAUUUUCAACCAAACCUCAAAAGAAAAUUAUAUCCACUUGGCAACCUGAAGACAGAGUUACACCAAGGCAAACUGAAGACAGGAUUACACCAAGGCAACCUGAAGACAGAGUUACACCAAGGAAACCUGAAGACAGAGUUACACCAAGGCAACCUGAAGACAGGGUUACAACAAGAAAACCAGAAGACAAAGUUGGAGACAAAGUUACGCUAAGACAACCUGAAGACAGAGUAACACCAAGGCAACCUGAGUACAGAGUUUCACCAAGGCAACCUGAAGACAGAGUUACACCAAGGCAACCUGAAGACAGAGUCACACCACGGCAACCUGAAGACAGAGUUACCCCAAGACCAAGUGAGGACAGAGUUACACCAAGGCAACCUGAAGACAGGGUUCCACCAAGAGAACCUGAAGACAGAGUUACGCUAAGGCAACCUGAAGACAGAGUUACACCAAGGCAGCCUGAAGACAUAUUUUCACCAAGGCAACCUGAGGACAGGGUUACACCAGGGCAACCUGAAGACAGGUUUACACCAAGAGAACCUGAAGACAGGGUUACACCAAGGCAACCUGAGGACAGGGUUUUACCAAGACAACCUGAUGUCAGGGUUACACCAAGACAACCUGAAGAUAGAGUUACACAAAGACAACCUGAAGACACGGUCACACCAAGGCAAGCUUUAGACAGAGGUACCACAAGGCAACCUGAAGACAGGUUUACACCAAGACAGCCUGAGGACAGAGUUACACUAAGACAACCUGAAGACAGAGUUACACCAAUGCAACCUGAAUACAGUGUUACAACAAGAAAACCAGAAGACAAAGUUACGCUAAGACAACCUGAAGACAGAGUAACACCAAGGCAACCUGAGUACAGAGUUUCACCAAGGCAACCUGAAGACAGAGUUACACCAAGGCAACCUGAAGACAGAGUCACACCACGGCAACCUGAAGACAGAGUUACCCCAAGGCCAAGUGAGGACAGAGUUACACUAAGGCAACCUGAAGACAGGGUUCCACCAAGAGAACCUGAAGACAAAGUUACGUUACGGCAACCUGAAGACAGAGUUACACCAAGGCUGCCUGAAGACAUGUUUUCACCAAGGCAACCUGAGGACAGCGUUACACCAGGGCAACCUGAAGACAGGUUUACACCAAGAGAACCUGAAGACUGGGUAACACCAAAGCAACCUGAGGACAGGGUUACACCAAGACAACCUGAUGUCAGGGUUACACCAAGACAACCUGAAGACAGAGUUACGCCAAGGCAAUCUGAAGACAGGGUUACAGAAAGACAACCCGUAGACAGAGUUGCCCCAAGGCAACCUGAAGACAGGAUUACACCAAGAAAGCCUGAGGACAGAGUUACACUAAGACAACCUGAAGACAAAGUUACACCAAGGCAACCUAAAGACAGAGUUACACCAAGGCAACCUGUAGACAGGUUUACACCAAGGCAACCCAAAGACAAGUUUACACCAAUGCAACCUGAAGACAGGGUUACACAAAGACAGCCUGAGGACAGGGUUACACCAAGGCAACCUGUAGACAGGUUUACACUAACGCAAACUGAUGAUAGGGUUACAGAAAGGCAACCUGAAGAAAGGGUUACACCAAGGCAACCUGAAGACAGAGGUAAACCAAAACAACCUGAAGACACAGUUACACCAAGACAACCUGAAGACAAAGUGACACUAAGGCAACCUGAAGACAGGGUUACCACAAAGAAACCUGACGGCACAAUUACACCAAGGCAACCUAAAGACAGGCUUACACUAACCCAACUAGAAGACAGGGUUACACAAAGAAAACCUGAAGACAGGGUUACACCCAUGCAACCUGAAGACAGGUUUACACCAAGGCAACCUAAAGAUAGGGUUACUACAAGAGAACCCGAAGAUUGGGUUACAACAAGACAACCUGAAGACAGGCUUCCUCCAAAGCAACCUGAAGACAAGGUUACACCAAGAGAACCUGAAUACAGGGUUACACCAAGGCAACCUGAAGACAGAAUUACACCAAGACAACCUGAAGACAGAGAUACACCAAGGCAUCCUGAAGACAGAAUUACACCAAGGCAACCUGAGGACAGAAUUACACCAAGACAACCUAUUGACAGAGAUACACCAAGGCAACCUGAAGACAGGGUUACACCAAGAGAACCUGAAGACAGGGUUACGCCAAAAGAACUUGAAGAGAGGGUUACACCAAGGCAACCUGAAGACAGGGUUACUCCAAGUGACAUUGAAGACAAGCCACCAAUGUUGCUCUCUGCUGAGCGUGAUUUAAUAUUUAUGUUGGACUCAUCCAGCUAUGUUUCCGAGUUAGAAUUCCGCAAGCAGAUUGAUUUUGUGACAGAUUUUCUAAGAAACGCAGACAUUAACGGUGGCAAAGUGAGGGUCGGCGUGCUGAGGUUUAAUAACAAGGUAACAAUGCCCGUCCAGCUUAACACAUACGUGUCAAAGGUUGAUCUACUCAAUGCCAUUGAGAAUAUCAAAUAUGAACCAGGAGAUUCAAAUAUUGCAGGAGGCUUGAGGGCGGUCAAGCGAAAUAUGUUUACCAGACCAAAUGGAGAUCGUCCAGAUGUUGCCAACUCUGCCAUUCUUGUUAGUGCUGGACAGUCCAAACUCUUACAGAAAUGGGUUAGACCGGCUUCCAAAUCUGCUAAGCGAUCAGGAAUUUCCAUUUACGGUGUUGGUGUUGGCCUUGGCGGAAUCAAAGAGUUGAACUCAGUCGUGAGCAGCCCUGUAAACAGAUACAGAUUCGUGGCACCUAGUUUCAACAAACUUGAUGUAAUCAAAGAUGAUCUGUCAUUUGCAGUGUUUGGGGAAGUAAUAACAACAACUGAAAGAUCAACCGCUAAAACAUCAUUUUCAACCAAACCUCAAAAGAAAAUUAUAUCCACUUGGCAACCUGAAGACAGAGUUACACCAAGACAAACUGAAGACAGGAUUACACCAAGGCAACCUGAAGACAGAGUUACACCAAGGCAACCUGAAGACAGGGUUACAACAAGAAAACCAGAAGACAAAGUUGGAGACAAAGUUACGCUAACACAACCUGAAGACAGAGUAACACCAAGGCAACCGGAGUACAGAGUUUCACCAAGGCAACCCGAAGACAGAGUUACACCAAGGCAACCUGAAGACAGAGUCACACCACGGCAACCUGAGGACAGGGUUACCCCAAGACCAAGUGAGGACAGAGUUACACCAAGGCAACCUGAAGACAGGGUUCCACCAAGAGAACCUGAAGACAAAGUUACGCUAAGGCAACCUGAAGACAGAUUUACACCAAGGCAGCCUGAAGACAUAUUUUCACCAAGGCAACCUGAGGACAGGGUUACACCAGGGCAACCUGAAGACAGGUUUACACCAAGAGAACCUGAAGACAGGGUUACACCAAGGCAACCUGAGGACAGGGUUUUACCAAGACAACCUGAUGUCAGGGCUACACCAAGACAACCUGAAGAUAGAGUUACACAAAGACAACCUGAAGACACGGUCACACCAAGGCAAGCUUUAGACAGAGGUACCACAAGGCAACCUGAAGACAGGUUUACACCAAGACAGCCUGAGGACAGAGUUACACUAAGACAACCUGAAGACAGAGUUACACCAAUGCAACCUGAAUACAGUGUUACAACAAGAAAACCAGAAGACAAAGUUACGCUAAGACAACCUGAAGACAGAGUAACACCAAGGCAACCUGAGUACAGAGUUUCACCAAGGCAACCUGAAGACAGAGUUACACCAAGGCAACCUGAAGACAGAGUCACACCACGGCAACCUGAAGACAGAGUUACCCCAAGACCAAGUGAGGACAGAUUUACACCAAGGCAACCUGAAGACAGGGUUCCACCAAGAGAACCUGAAGACAAAGUUACGUUACGGCAACCUGAAGACAGAGUUACACCAAGGCAGCCUGAAGACAUGUUUUCACCAAGGCAACCUGAGGACAGCGUUACACCAGGGCAACCUGAAGACAGGUUUACACCAAGAGAACCUGAAGACUGGGUAACACCAAAGCAACCUGAGGACAGGGUUACACCAAGACAACCUGAUGUCAGGGUUACACCAAGACAACCUGAAGACAGAGUUACGCCAAGGCAAUCUGAAGACAGGGUUACAGAAAGACAACCCGUAGACAGAGUUGCCCCAAGGCAACCUGAAGACAGGAUUACACCAAGAAAGCCUGAGGACAGAGUUACACUAAGACAACCUGAAGACAAAGUUACACCAAGGCAACCUAAAGACAGAGUUACACCAAGGCAACCUGUAGACAGGUUUACACCAAGGCAACCCAAAGACAAGUUUACACCAACGCAACCUGAAGACAGGGUUACACAAAGACAGCCUGAGGACAGGGUUACACCAAGGCAACCUGUAGACAGGUUUACACUAACGCAAACUGAUGAUAGGGUUACAGAAAGGCAACCUGAAGAAAGGGUUACACCAAGGCAACCUGAAGACAGAGGUAAACCAAAACAACCUGAAGACACAGUUACACCAAGACAACCUGAAGACAAAGUGACACUAAGGCAACCUGAAGACAGGGUUACCACAAAGAAACCUGACGGCACAAUUACACCAAGGCAACCUAAAGACAGGCUUACACUAACCCAACUAGAAGACAGGGUUACACAAAGAAAACCUGAAGACAGGGUUACACCCAUGCAACCUGAAGACAGGUUUACACCAAGGCAACCUAAAGAUAGGGUUACUACAAGAGAACCCGAAGAUUGGGUUACAACAAGACAACCUGAAGACAGGCUUCUUCCAAAGCAACCUGAAGACAAGGAUUACACCAAGACAACCUAUUGA